CAAUUGCACGACGGCGCGCGGUGGUGGUGCCGUCGGUCGUCGGCAGUCUCGCAUUGGACAUCCAUAAUGCGUGUUCGAACGACAUGCCUUGCUGUCGUGUCUCUGCUGCUUGCGGCCACCGUGUCGUCCGUGGCGAAGAAAGGCACGUUCCCUGCACUCGACAAGAAGAACCCUGUGUGCACGUUCGCAGUGGACAAGAUCCGCAUCAAAGGCGACCGUGAAAUCGGCGCCGCCAAGUUCUACAAGAAGUCCAAGGCAUGCAAGGGACCCCAGGGAUAUGCGAUCCAAGACUGCCAGUUGAAGAAAUGCCAGUGCCGCAAGUUCCACACGCACGUAGAUGUGUCGACCAACGUCGUGACGACAUGGGCAGAAUGUCUGCCCAAGAUAAAGGACGCCACCGAGUGCGUCGGCGCCGACUAUCGGUACUGCCAGAACCUCCUUCGAGGCAAAGAUCCGCUGAGCAAAUCGGCGGCCGGCUCGACCAAGUACGGCCGCAACGCGAGUGACGCCGCUUCCUCCUCCUCUUCUUCCACGUUAAACUCCAAGGCAUCAUCUGCCGAAUCCAAGUCGCUAACCAGCGGCAGUACUGCCUCGACCAUCAACUCGACCGACAAGAAGGCCAACGACGCCGCGAGCUUUCCAGUGGCCGCGGUGGUGCUAGUUAGUGUGGGGGUGAUUGGCGCUGUCUUGGGCGGGACGUGGAUAGUUGUGUCCAAGAAGAAGGCGCCUAAAAGUACUACUACGAUGGGAGUUCAUGGUGGCGGCGGUGGAGGCAACAACAAGGCAGCCAACGACUUGGAGUUUGACGAUUUUGAAGACGAAGACCACAAGGACCUGUACACAGACGCCCAGUCCACAUCCGCCGCCGUGCACACCGUAGCUCCGCCCGCCCGCAGCCACUCGACCGGAUCGAUCUCGUCGGUCUCGUCCAGUGAUGAAAGCGACGACGACGACGAUGCCACGGAGGACGCGGCGCACCUGGAUUCGUGGACGUCGUACAGUAAAAAGUAAUGACAACGGGGCUUAAUUUUACUCGGGAG